AGUGCUCGAGUUGCCGCCCGCCGCCGUCGCGCGCGCUGAGCAAGUUGCGCUCCGUCAGGGCGGCUCCGCGCUCCGUCUUCCUCCCUUCCUCACGGCGGCGGCGGCGGCUCCGAUGCGGCGGAAGCAGAAGCGCUUGCUGCAGGCGGUGGGGCUGGCGCUGGCCGCCCUCGUCUUCUUGCCCAACGUGGGGCUCUGGUCCCUGUACCGCGAGCGGCAGCUGGAGGGCGGCGGGGCGAGCGGCGGGGAGGGGGCGGCCGUGGGGCCGCCGGGGGCAGCGGCCGGAGAGGCGGCGGCACUGCACAUGAGGCAAAAGAAAGACCUUUACUUUGGCGAUGGACAAAGGAAAAAGGACUGGCAUAAUAAGGAGGCUAUAAGGAGGGACCUUGAGCGUGUGGGAAAUGGAGAACAGGGAAAACCUUACCCAAUGACUGAUGCAGAGCGAGUGGACCAGGCAUACAGGGAAAAUGGCUUUAAUAUCUUUGUGAGCGAUAAAAUCUCUCUGAAUCGUUCCCUUCCAGACAUCAGACAUCCAAACUGCAAGAAUAAGCUGUACCUGGAGAAGCUUCCGAACACCAGCGUGAUAAUCCCAUUCCACAAUGAAGGAUGGUCCUCCCUCCUCCGGACAGUGCACAGCGUUCUGAACCGCUCCCCUCCUGAGCUGAUAGCAGAGAUAGUGCUGGUGGAUGACUUCAGUGACAGAGAACACCUGAAGAAACGCCUGGAAGAUUAUAUGGCCCAGUUCCCAAAUGUAAGAAUCCUCCGAACCAAGAAGAGGGAAGGGCUGAUAAGAACUCGGAUGCUGGGGGCCUCUGUGGCAAUAGGAGAUGUUAUCACCUUCUUGGAUUCCCAUUGCGAGGCCAACGUGAACUGGCUGCCACCUCUGUUAGAUCGCAUUGCCCGAAACCGCAAGACUAUCGUUUGUCCCAUGAUUGAUGUUAUUGAUCAUGACCACUUUGGAUAUGAGACUCAGGCUGGAGAUGCAAUGCGAGGUGCAUUUGACUGGGAGAUGUAUUACAAGAGGAUCCCUAUUCCUCCUGAGUUACAGAAACUCGAUCCCAGUGAUCCCUUUGAGUCUCCUGUAAUGGCUGGAGGACUGUUUGCAGUCGAUAGAAAGUGGUUCUGGGAGCUGGGAGGGUAUGAUGCAGGUCUGGAGAUAUGGGGAGGAGAGCAGUAUGAAAUAUCCUUUAAGGUAUGGAUGUGUGGAGGUCGUAUGGAGGACAUCCCUUGCUCUAGAGUUGGUCAUAUCUACAGAAAAUAUGUUCCUUACAAGGUUCCAACAGGAGUCAGCCUGGCAAGAAAUCUGAAGCGGGUGGCUGAGGUAUGGAUGGAUGAGUACGCAGAGUACAUCUACCAGCGCAGACCGGAGUACCGGCAUCUUUCUGCAGGGGACGUCACAGCUCAGAAGGAACUCCGCAACAACCUCAACUGCAAGAGCUUCAAGUGGUUCAUGAAUGAGGUUGCAUGGGACUUGCCCAAGUUUUACCCACCAGUGGAGCCUCCCGCAGCUGCCUGGGGAGAGAUACGCAACGUAGGAACUGGGCUGUGUGUGGACACUAAACAUGGAUCUCUGGGAUCCCCGCUGAGGCUGGAAAGCUGCGUGAAGGACAGAGGAGAGGCAGCAUGGAACAACGUGCAGGUAUUCACAUUUAGCUGGAGAGAAGACAUCCGUCCUGGGGAUCCUCAGCACACCAAGAAGUUUUGUUUUGAUGCCAUUUCCCACAGCAGCCCUGUGACACUCUAUGACUGUCAUGGAAUGAAGGGGAACCAGCUCUGGAGAUACCGAAAAGACAAGACCCUCUACCAUCCGGUAAGCAGCAGCUGUAUGGACUGCAGUGAGAGUGACCGAAAGAUCUUUAUGAACAGCUGCAAUCCUUCAUCUCCAACGCAGCAGUGGAUAUUUGAACAUACAAACUCAACCGUCUUGGAAAAAUUUAACAGAAAUCUUGAUCUUUAAAAGACUGAGAAUAUAUAUAUAUUAUAUAUAUAUUUUACAAUUAUAGUUUUUACUGGGGAGGGUUACAAAAAAUUUUUUAAGAAUACUUUUUUUUUAACAGUUAAUGAAGGUAAAAGGGAGAAUCUCAGGAGAAGGUAAACUAGCAGGCCAGUCUUUAUUGUGAAGAUGCUGCAUCCUUCUCUUCCGGUAAUGGUGGAGUUCGAAAGGCUUUGCCAGAGCCACUUCUGUGCUGAGAUGAGAACAAAAACUCUGUUUUCAGAGGAAUCUGAAUGUGAUUCAAACUACUUUUUUUUUUCUUUUAACUGCUCUAUUUCCCUCGUGGGUCUGGUGUUAAAUGAUUUUAUUCUCUAGGACCCUCAAAUACAGGACUUUAUGUAGCUGCUACACCACCUGCUGAAGCAUUCCCGAAUAUGUGCUUUAUCUUCCAAAUUCCAUCUAAGUAAAAUCUUGAACGCAAAAUUUAAUUCUCUGAUGUCACAGACAUAAAAAAGAAAUAGGCCAUCAAAAUGUAAAAUGAAAUGAAUUUUUUUUUUUCCUGAAACCAAAAUAUAUUUCAAACAGAUUGACUGUUAUUACUUUCCAAAUGAUAGCUCUGAUAAAGGAAAGCUCUGGAGGAAGUGCAGCUGAGUGUUGGGGUUAUUGCUGCAGUUAUUGGCGAUGAGGAAUCUGGGUUUCUGGUCCAUUUGUUUUGCAGUCAGUUUGUCACUCGCUGUUGAAUCUUCAAGGUGAAAGAUCAGCAGAGUUUUUAAGUGAGCACAGUUCUUACAAGUUAAGAUUUUCGGAUACCAAACUCACUUUCUGUUCAGCAUCAUUUUAUCAUGGACACCUCUAGGGUUUCUUAAAUGCGAAGGCAACUUUUGUUUUUCCUUUAGAGAUUAACUCACUGUUGGUGUGAGCGGAUUAAUUCAGAAUAAUUAAGUCAGGACUGGGAUUAGCCAUUGGUUUUUAUCCAUUUGUAGUUUAUUCUAAUCAUGAGUUCUGUGGUCAGUGGUGUUCUAGGCUUGUGGGAAUGCACUCUCCCUUUCUUUCCCAGCAUCCACAGAACCGUACAGUUUCCAGUGACUGGAAACCUGCUGCUUAAGUAGAGAUGUGGGAUCAAGGGGCCAAUUUAGCCGAUACCCUGUUCCUUGUGUAGUCAGUUAGCAGUGCAAGGUAAUACCCUUCUAGUCUGGCUACAGGAUCUACCAGACACAGAACCAGAACUGUCUCAUCCGUGAAGCUGGAAAAAAAAGAGCUGACAUGGAAGAAUGAAUGGAGAACCAUUAGUAUGAAGUCUGAGUUGAGUGUUAAAAAAAAAAAACAUGCUGGUUUAAAAUUGUUGCAAAAACAAUAAAUCAGCUAUCUUAUUCUGAAGGCAGCAGUCACGCUUUCUGGUAAAAAGUGUGAGUGAAUAUGCUGCCUAAAUGAAUAAAAUCAGCCCUUUUCCAAUAAUCGUCCAGUUCCACAAUUUGUCCAGUUGUGCAUUUAGUGAUGUUGAAGGAGGAAGUAGUGUGCAACCAGCUGUGGGAGAGUGAACGUCUGCAAGUAUUCAGGAUAGGAGCAGCACAGCACUCUGGGACUCUUGAGAAACAUGGUUAAUGGACAUGACCUCCUUGGUGGGCAAGGAAAGAUCUGCUCUGGCAUAUCUUUCUCUUCUGUUAAGUGAGGGAUUUGGCUCUCACCUUGUCAGAGCUCCAGAAGAAGCCUUUUCUCCUCAUCCCAACUGUGGGAUCAUCACCUGUGUUUUAGAUAUAUUUGAGGCCCUAUAGAGCUGUGUCUGUAAACUGGGAGCAGACUAGAACAGAACUAGCUGCCUCCCUAGCUCUAAUGUCUGUUAUGCUAACUGUGAGGUUCCAAAUUAUUUCCAACUCUUGUAUCCUCACAACUGAGGCCAUAUCUGACCUGCUCCACUAAUUCACCUGGUACUGGCAGUCUCAGAGCAGAGGAAAAAUGGGCACUGCAUUGCAGCUGGGUCUGGGGUUGCCAAAUGUAUUAGUGUCUAACAUUUCGGGAGUGAAGAAAGGAAAGAAGACUUCCUUGAGACAGUUCUGCAGCACUAUUAUUAUGGAAGUGAGAUCAAUGUCAAUCAGAGUUGACAUCAUAUGUUCUCAGUAACUGCAAUAAGUCUGUCAUUAGAAUCUCUUUUCAUUUCAAUGGGAGAGAGCGCCGCUUUCCAGUGCUUUGUGUCUGACUUGCUUUCCUUAAGUUAUUAAUACUCUCAUUAGUCUAGUAGUGCUGACUGUGGAUCACUAGACGGCCUGAAUAAAUGUCUUUAUGAAUGUUUUAAUACCUGUGGAACAAGAAGCUGUUUGUCCAUGAUCAGUGCAAUUUUCAUUUUUUUUAUAAUUACGACACAAUCAGCAAGUGAUGUACAUGGACUGUAGGGCGUUCUGCUUGCAGCUUUGUGUGCUUUUGUUUUCUAACAAGAGGUUUUGUUUCUGUUUCUAAAAUGCAUGGCUUGCUUUGUACUUGGACUCACCUUGUGAAGAGAGCUUUGGAGUCCUAGCUGCUUGCCUUACUGGACGCUUGCUUUAGAAAGAACUACAGUAAUGAGCAGGUCUUUUACCACAGAGUGAUCUUAAUUGGGUGAGGAGGGACAGAUAGUAGCAGUAUGCAUCAGAAGACAUGGGGAUGUUGAGGCAUUUUGUGUUCAACAGCCAAUUAUAAUAUGUGGAAACCGGAGCUUUAGGGUGACUGGUCCCACCGGGUGCUUCUCGAUAUUGUUGAUUUCAUUUGUUUUCUAAAGAUUUGGGGUUCUGAACUUGUAAGUGCCCCACAAAUUCUGUACAUUUCUCACUGGCUCACUGGGCUCUGAGCUAUUAAUUUAUUUACAUCAGUCAUAAGUUUCAAUACCCUAGAGGCUUUGCUGACUAAUGUGAAGACUUAAUACAGCCAACCAUCCACUGAUUGAGAAAUAGAAGCUGUAUUUCACCAUCUACAUCUUUAAUUGGGCCUUUGCUGGGCAAACUGGAUGAUUAUUCCAAUUACUUCUGGUUAUUUGUAAGCAAAAUUGCUGAAGCAUGAGUACAUAAGCAAAUCUUCAUAUCCGCAUGCAAGCCAAGACUGGAGAUUAAAUACCAGUGAUUAUCCAAUGCAAAAUGUUUUUCAUUUUUUCUCCUUAAAAUAUUCAAUCAAAUCCUCACUCCAUGGCUGCAUAAAUUCUGCUGCUUUAAAAUAUCAGAAUCCCAGACAAGGGUGAGAUCCUUGAAUGUGUGUUAUGACGCAUUAUUAUACUUUGAUUUGCUCUUGAAGCUCUUGUUUUAUACAGGUGCUAAUCUCCAAGGCCUACACAGUAAUGUUUGAGGACCUUAUGUAUGCAAGGUGUCCUUUUUCAUGCCUCGGCGUGUAACUUUGUUUUUCACAUUGCAGUCGAAGAAAGAGUGAGCCUUACUGAAAGGGGAAUACAGCAUCCUUAAAAUAAAGAUGUGCCUUUUUAAAUGUAAAUGUACAGCAAAUGCUUAAACUUGAACCAUUUCCUAGUGCCUUGCUGGACAAGAGAGAAGAGGGGAAGGGGCUGGGGGGGAUGAGGAUGUAUGAGAAAGCUUGACUCAUGCAGAAUUUGUGUGUGUGCAUUUUUUUUUAAUGUGUAAGUGCAAAAUUUGUGUGGAUGACAGUAAUUCAGAAGCUCCUGGGUUUCCUCUGUUAAACUGAUGUAAUUAACGACUUGGGGGUGGGUAGGGUGGACGUUGUCACUAAUGAAUAAAGCUAGACCAGAGGUUUUCUUGGUUAGCUGUUGGGCGUUCAUGGUGAAGGCUAAGGAGUUUCACUGGCAUGUGAGGUACUGCAUUUCAUGUUCCAAGUAUCCAAAUCGGAAAUCACAAAUAGUCCCAAGGGCUUAUCAGAUCUGUAGACGAAGUGUCUUACAGAAAGUUGAUAAUUUCAAUCGCUGAGAAACUUUGAAAGGAUGUGUUCAGAUCUAAUACAGAAGUAGCAAGAAAGCAAUUUCUCUCCGUAACUUUCUUCUGGUUUGUUUUACUGUAACGUCUAUGCACAGGACUUAGCUUUCCUCUACUGGAAAGUUCCAGGCAGCAAACUUUCCUCCUCCCUGCUGCUCUGAGACAUCAAUAUACUGAAGUCAAACCACCAGCAGCCAGUAUUGCAAGAACAUACUGUUCUUAUAGUAGGAUCAUUAUAGUAGGUCUACUGGCUUGCAUCACUGAGGGGAGAUGAGGGAGAUCUCUUAAAAGUUGUAUUCCGCAAUUGCAUAACUGCUGGGUGUAAAAAGGGAGAAGCCUUUAUUUUAAAUUCUUUCAAGAUACGAACAGACACUUGAAUAGUUUUGACUGGAGAGAACAGACAGCCUCUAGCAGUCAGCCUGUAAUGUUUUCUUUCAGUCAAAAGAGUGCUGUUAAAAUUGUGUGAACAGUCUGGCUUUGCUAGCAGGGGAUCCAAGUGUGCUAUCCGUUCCCAACUGCUGUGGUUCAGGUUCAUACUCACCUACUGUGUUUCUAAGCACUUGUGACAAAGGAGCCUGGUAGUGCCUAAGUGGUCCUUACCUGAGAAGCAGCAAGGUAGAUUUGUUUUAAUAGUUAUUUAGCAUGACGAGCUUCUUGAAUAGUUAGCAAACUAUUGUCAAAAUGAUGAAUAACUUUAGGUUACUGUCAGGAUCUGUGGAGGCAGGUUUGAAAGGCCUUUCGCAGGAUAUACACAGUAAAAGGGGAGCCGGACUGGGAGUCAGGAGCACCUGCUCCAUUUCUCAGUGCAUCAAGCAAUAGGCUCGAUUCAGCUUGAUUCAAACAAUAGGCCUGACUCACCUAAGCAAGGUGAGUCUGUGUGCUGGAAUUUCCUAACCAGCAUAAGAUUUAGCUUUAAGUGCUUUAUUUUUCUACCUUAGUAGGUGUUCAAUUAGCUCCUCUGUAGUGUCACACUUGAACUUUGAGAUCUGUGUAUGAAACUAGGCAAUGAUAUAUUACAGAAAUCCUCAUUAAAACCCCAUGGCUAUUUUUUUUUUAAACUCUGCUUCUGCUCGUUCAUUAUGCUCACUGCAUUUGAGCUUUCUUGAUACCUCUGUAUUACCCAAAGGACUUUAGUGAUUCCAGCAGUCUUAUUUAAAGACACUGGAGCUGCGUGCUCUCAAAGCUACUGGUUGAACUCUUGGAAAAAAGUUUUAAUCCUAAUUAGAGAGCAAGCAAAUGAGACUUUCAACCACAAGAGAAGUUCAAGCUUUAAAAAAAGAAGACCUGAUCAAGCUAAAAGAUGAAAGUAUUUACCCUUGUGAUAAAAGCAACAAAUAGCUUAGUCUGUAGGGUGGUGAAGAGAAUUGGUUUUAAAAGACAUUCUUCGGAAUCGUGGUGACGAGAUCUAAGUUUGUCUAUACCUUGUACUGCAUGCAUUUUAUCUGUAAAACUGGAUGGUGCCUCUUGAAUCAGUGUAUAUUUAUUUCUGUGCAUAUUAGGACCAACAGCCUAAUAUCUGGGGGUGGUAAAGGACUUGUAGCACUUUAAUGUAGUAGCUUUCAUAAACUGGGAAUCAUUGAUAGAAUGCCUAGUGUUUUUAAAGUUGAAUGGACUUCCUUUUAUAAUAUAUUUAAAAUAAAUUUUUAAUGUGUUUUCUGAA